AUGGCAUUCUCGGAUAAGGAUGUGCUCGCUGCGCGGAAGCUGGUCUUUUUUGGAUUCUUGACACAGCUCGUUGCCUACGGCGUACAGGCUGCGGCUUUCGAUGAAUACUCGCGGCGUGACACUUUCCGCUGUAACUCCUCUACAACGAAUCAGGCAUUGCCGAAAUCCUACUCGACAUUCUACUGGGUUUACUGGUCCCUCCGCGUGGUGGCAUCGAUACUCCCAAUCCCGGUAGCCCAUCGUCUCACGUCGGACUUGAACAAGAUUGAACAUAAGAACAAUAAUACACAAAGCUCACGAGUCAAAGCCACAGCACUAUGGAGGUCUCUACCCGCCACUUUAGCGACAAGUUAUCUGAUCUACGGGUCGUUCGUACUACUCCACGGACUAUCUAUCUACAACAUUUUGCGCGGAACGAACACUAUCGAACAGUCAUGGCUUGCCUUGAUGACCGAGUGGGGCCAAAGUGCCAACGCCAUCAUCGCCAUAUUUGCCGUCGGUCAUGUCAUAUACGCAAUCUAUAGGCUGUUCGUUGCUGAGAGCAGGAAUAAUGAUUCACAGCCUCCUGGGCUCAGUGGGCAAUCAAUCAGUGAGGCCUAUCCCCCAAACGGCUGGAAGGCAUGGAAGCACUGGCCUUGGAACGCGAAAUGGUGGCCUUUCCAUCUGGGAUUAGACUACUUGGACCAUCUCUUAGUAGACGAAGGUGAACUGCAACGAAUCCUGGAUCCGCCUCUCUACCUGACUGAAGAAGUAUCAACAGAGCUUUGGGAAAAACUGAUGAAAAGCUUUACUUCGACUGAGCCUGGCCUCGUCCUCGAUUGUCUGAUUCAUGGAGCCCCAUCAAAUAGAUGCAAUGAGGAGGGCGACUAUCCCAUCCAUCUAGCUGCCCGCAAUAACGACAUCGAUAUCUUGAUGAGAACGCGCUUCACCUUUGAUGACGAUAUAUACAGCCGAGACUCUCUUCUACUUCGAAAUCUAGCUGGCGAAACCCCUUUAGAGAUCGCGUGUAGCGCAAAUGCACACGAGGCCGUGAAGUGGAUAAUGGGUGAACUCCCACAGGGGCACGAAGAAACCGAAGCAGCCGUUACUCGAGCAUUCAAACUGGCUAUUGUAAAUGAGAGGGAGGGACUCUUGAAGAUCUUACAGCAUCUGUGGCCGGAAUGGAGAGCGCUGAAGAUAACGACGGGAAAGACCUCUAAAUCGACUCCACUGCGCUUUGCCAUAGACGAGGGUAAACAGAAAUCUGCCUAUCGGCUUGUCGAUCCUACCGUUACAUCAAGAAGACAGCCUAAUGCCCGCAAGAUCUUCGACAUGAUCUGGAAGUCUCAAUUGGCCGGUGGCUACCUAGAGAUUAUUCUGGAUCACCUUCAAGAGCCUAUCGACUCUAUACGUACUGACAUAAUCGAUGAAGUUAUGGGUUCCCCUACAACUAGCAACGCCGAAGCUCUGGACAUUCUGCUAGACCUAGGAAUUGAUAUCCCCGCAAUUCUUCGACAAUCCAUAUGUCAUGCGGUGCUCCCCAUGACCCAUCCAGAGCAAGCAGCCAACAACAUAUGGGAAGAUAUUCUGCGAGAAGACUACGCGAUUGAGCCACAGGAGCUAGAAUCAAUCCUUGCCUUCGAAGUACCAGCGACCCGUAACCUAGACGACGAAGUUGAAGGACAGAAAGAUGCUAUCAGAACUGCAUUGAGCCCUCGCGGCGCCCACGACUGGUCUGAGGUGGUGCUUACAGCGACGAAUGCGUCAACAGAGGACCUGGAGAAGUUGAUAGCGACGGAAAAAGACAAGAACAUGCUGCAGCGUAUGUUGAAUGUCAAAGAUAAGAGAGGACACUCACUCCUAAGGUUUACGAUCUCGGAGGGCAUGGAUGAGGUCGUUGAGAAGCGAAAGAGAAGACUGAGAUAUCUCGAGACUCUUCUGAUACGCGGGACCAUUGUAGCAGAGCCGGACCUGAUGAGUGCACGUGAACUUUCGUUUCGUCACGAAGGGAAUCUCGCGAGUUUCAUGCUACUGGCGGUAUAUGCCGACCGAGAUGUCUUGUCCGACUUCUUGCGCACCCUGUGUAGUGCACCUAGGGUCCACAAUGGAUUGGACUUCAGUCAUUACGCCCUAAUUGACAUUCUGCUUAGAUGUAACGCCGACCCAACACUCUUGGAUGGAAGUGGUAAGACCCCUCGAAUCGCUCUCCAUGACGCUAUGGCGAAGAGACCGAUCAAAAAGAGCUCCAGAAAGGACGACAAGGUCUUCAAGAAAAUGCAAAACACCAACCGUUUCUAUCUCGAAAAGAUCUCAGAACUUUUGCUGCGCUGGGAGAACCACAUCAAAGGUUCACUCGGUCGUAAUCCAUUGGAGAUGCCAGACGGUCUAUGGAAAGCAGGACGUGACACCUUUGAUCAUGAGACAUGGGCGUGGCUGGUCGCCAGGAACCCUGAGGGCUACAAAGUGGUAGAGGAUUGA